AACAGAUCUUCCUCGUUUGGUAUCUACUGCAAUUAGAGCUUCUAAUUCGCAGAAUGCUUCUGAUGUUGAACGUUGCUUUGAUGUUCUUCGAUACUUGAAGGGUUUGAAUCUCUCUGUCAAAAAUCUUUCCCAUUCCAAAGUGAUACUUCCCUUGGAGAGUCUGAGAGAUCACGAAAACCCUAAGAUACGAACGGAAGCUCACGUCUUGUUCACUUCAUGGAUGAAGACUUUUUACUCCAGCGGACAAAACUCUUCUUCUACUUGCAACAAACCUAAUCCCCUGAAACUGAAGAAAGUUGUUAAAGCGUGUUCGGAGUUGAAGAAGAAGAACGAAGAGCAACUAUCUCAUGGUUUUGCGGUACUUAAGGCUAAGAAAGAGACUGUUUUUUUGGGGAUGAAGAAGAACGAAGAUGAGAGAUCUAGGGUUCAUGAAACCAGAGAGAUGAAACAAAUUGGUGAUUCCAAGUCUUUUGCAUUGAUGAGGACUAUCGAGAAGAAGAAGCAAUCGGCCUCACCAAUUCAAGGUUCUAAAAACCCUAGAUCCGGGGCGGGUGAAACGGGAGUGAUUAAGAAAAUUUUGAGGAAGCCUGACUUUUGCUGCAAGUCUGUUCCAUCAAGGCCUCCUCUCAACAUGAAGAAGCAUCAACCGGUGAAAGCAUUUGAAAACCCUAAAACUUGUCUUGUGUUGAAGAAGAACUCACCGGAGAUGUUGGAGCUAUUCGAGAUGGCCAAGAAGUCAGCAGAUGUUGCCAAUGCCAAGGGAUUUCUCGCAGCUAAAGAAGAGGCAUCAAUAUGCGUCGACAUACUCGCUUUACUCAUGAAAUUUUCCAUCAUCUCAACGGCUAUUGAAACAAGACGGAUCAUGGAAAAGCUUGAGCGUCUCACAAAGCACAAAGAUAGAAAGAUAUGCAAUGCUGCAUUAGCACUUCUCCACCAUUGGAGGCAGACCAUUAGAAAUCAACAACAAUGAGUAGUGUCAUCAGAGAAUCUGCGGAAGACAAGGGAUGGAAAUUAGUAGGAUCGUGACUUGAAAGUUUUGGUUUUCUAUUCGUUUAGUAAACUAGAGUAGAGUAGCAUGCCACUUAAAUUCCAUUACUUAGAAGCAAACAAUGUUAUGAGUUAAUGAGUUGUGAAUAUAUUAUAUAAGGAUUUUCAUAAUCUCU